AUGUCGAACCGCUUUCUUGAAGAUUCAGCAUUAUCCGACCCAUUCCCCCGUUACAGUUCCACUGUUCUCGGUGUGCCUCUAAUCCUUUAUCUGACCAUCCACAAGGAGUCCUUGGGAGCUGUAUUGGUGCGAAAAAGACCAUCAGAUGGAAAAGAAUGCGCAAUAUACUAUCUCAGCAAGAAAUUCUCCGAUUCUGAAGCCAAUUACUCAGAGGUCGAGAAGACUUGCGUAGCUUUAGUUUGGGUAUUACACGGACUGCGGCAGUAUACCCUUCACCAUCAAAUCAUGUUAACCACCGAAUGUGAUCCCAUCAAAUAUCUACUGGAAAAGCCAGCAUUGGUCGGCAAAUUGGCUAAGUGGCAGAUUCUCAUUUCUGAGUUCGAUGUGCAAACCAUGACACAGAAGUCGGUGAAAGGUCGAGCAAUAGCAGACAUGUUAGCAGAGAAUGCUGCGGGACCGCAGGCCGGAGAUGAAAUAGACCCUCUUGAUGAUCGUGUUUUACCGGUUUUGCCGAAAAAGUGGGUCAUGUACUUCGACGGAGCUGUUAACUUAUCCGGAUCCGGUACAGGGGCAGUCCUUAUCUCCCCGGAUGGCCAACACUAUCCAGUAGCCGCCAAGUUAUUGUUUCCGUGCACCAAUAACAUCGCUGAAUACGAGGCAUGCAUUCUCGAGCUACAGGCUGCCGUAGAGAUGAAAAUUCGGAGAUCGCAAGUUUAUGGCGACUUUGCCCUCAUUAUCCUUCGGACAGAAGGCAAGUGGAAAACUCGUGACCCGAAGUUGAUCCCGUAUCAUGAGUUUCUGGAAGAUAUAAUCGAAGAGUUUGAUGAGAUAGCGUUCGAGUAUCUUCCUAGAGCCCAAAACCAGUUCGCAGACGCGUUGGCCACCCUAUCCUCAAUGUUCCAAGUGAUUGCGGGUUCAGAUAUCGAGCCAUUGAGAAUCGAAAUCUUGAAGCAUUCUGCUUAUUCCAUGCUAAUAGAAGAAGAGGUAGAUGGAGAGCCCUGGUAUCAAGAUAUUAAGGUUUACCUGCAGACCGGAGAGUUUCCCGAAGCGAGUUCAUAUGCCAAUGUCACAAAGAAGAACGUGGCCAGGUUCUUGCGUCGAGAUAUCUUUGCCCGAUAUGGAGCGCCGGAGGCUAUAAUCAUCGACAACGGUUCAAACCUCAACAACAAGGUGGUUGACGAGGUUCUUGGCGCAUUGCACUGUGUCUCCCUCGAUCUUGAAGAGCCCACCCCAGAAAAAGAGCGGCCCCAUGUCUGUGGGUUCCUCACCAUUCCUCGGCCCCUCGAAGCGCUCAAAGAUCUGGCCGAGGGCCAGCCGGAGCUGGUCGGGGCCCAGCGCAGCAGCGAGGAGGGUCGCCGGCCCUCCGCCACCACGUUGGUAUUGUCGCCGGACAAAGUGCUCGCCUCCGAAACCGUGGCUGUGGCUAUGCAAACGUGA